AUGCCCGAGGCGGAAGUCACCAUUGUGGCAGAGAAGUUUGAUGAGACCACCUCGCAUGGCGCCGGCGGCCUGUGGAAACCCUACACGCUGGGAGGCACGCCGCCCGACCUGGUCAACCGGUGGGGCCAGGACACGUUCGACCAUUACCUGGCCCUGUACCAGUCGCCGGAGGCGCCGCAGGCAGGCACCAUCCUGACGUCUGCCUACCAGCUAUUUCCGGAGCCGGUGCCAGACCCGGAGUGGGCGGCCAUCGUGCCGCACUUCCGCCACCUCACGGACAGAGAGCGGGCAGCGUAUGAUCCAGAGGGCACCCACACCCACGGCUGGUUCUACACCACAAUCAUCACCGAGGGCCGGCUGUACCUGGCAUGGCUCACCAAGCGGCUGGCGGCGGCGGGCGGCCACCUGGUGGCGCAGCGGGUGGGGUCGCUGGACGAGCUGGCGGGCUUCGAUGUGGUGGUCAACUGCUCCGGGCUGGGCGCCAAGGAGCUGUUUGGCGACGAUAGCAUGUAUCCAGUGAGAGGGCACGUCAUCCGCGUUAGGGCGCCCUGGGUCAGGCACUAUGUGAAUGGUGCUACGGGGACGGACAAGGAUUGCUACAUCAUCCCAAACACAGACACUGUGGUGCUGGGUGGCACGCUUGGGAAGGGCGACUUCGACACGACGCCCCGGGAUGAGGACCGCCGCGGCAUUCUCGAGCGCGCCUACCAAGUGGUGCCCAGCCUGCGGGCGGCGGAGUUUGUGUCAGAGUGGGUGGGGCUGCGUCCUGGGCGCCCCUCAGUGCGGUUGGAGCUGGAGCAGGUGGCACUCAAGCAGCAGCAACCAGGCGGUAGCAGCGGCAAGAGCAGCCUGCCGGUUGUGCACAACUAUGGGCAUGGAGGCGCCGGCCUCACGCUAGCAUGGGGAUGCGCGGCAGACGCAGUGCAGCUGGUGCAGCAGGCGCUCGCGCAGCGGUGA